CCUCCACAGUUAGAGGAAGUUACGAAGGAGGAAAAACAUCCUUUGAUUCGAUCUCAAAGCUUGCAAUAUAAGCAUCACUUGCUUUCCUCUUUGGGGAUUUUCUUUGUUCGUUAUCCCUGCAUAUCGAACAAUCCUUUUCUGUUUCAUUUAUAUACACAGCGAGGAAUCGAGAUUUCCUUCUAUUAUUGUAGUCUUGGUCUCGCUUAAAUCAAUAUAUACCAUAUUAGUAAAUUUUUAAUGUUUUGCUGAACAAACACAGAAAAAACUAAUGGAGAUUGAGCAGAGGCAGGCAGAGUUUGUACAGCAAUUUGUGAAGGAAGCCGAGAAUGCCAGAGGGCUGGAAGCGGCCAGAUUGAUAGCAAACGCUACAUCACACCCUUCCUUAUUUGCUUUCUCAGAGAUUUUGUCAGUACCCAAUAUCUUGGAGCUUCAUGGAACAGAACUCUCUAAUUUUCUGGAUCUGCUUCGCUUGUUUGCACAUGGCACAUGGAAUGAUUACAAAAGUAAUGCCACACAGCUGCCUUCAUUGGAACCUGAUCAAAUGCGCAAAUUAAAGCAGUUGACAGUAUUGACGUUGGCAGAAACUGCGAAGGUUUUGCCAUAUGAUCUCUUGAUGCAACAACUAGAUGUUUCGAAUGUUCGUGAACUUGAAGACUUUCUUAUCAAUGAGUGCAUGUACUCGGGUAUUGUAAAAGGAAAAUUGGACCAACGAAGGAGAUGUUUUGAGGUGCAAUUUGCAGCAGGAAGGGAUUUGAGACCUGGUCAACUUGAUAAUAUGAUGCAUACAUUAUCAAAUUGGCUGACUACCUCAGAUAAUCUUCUUCUAACAAUUCAAGAGAAGAUCAAAUGGGCAGACACCAUGAGUGAGAUCAACAGAAAACAUGCCAAGGAAAUUGAAGAUAAGACAGAAGAAAUGAAAUCUUCUAUAAAGAAGUUUAAAACUGUAAGCAGGCAGCCUUACGCGGGCAUGAAGAAUUUACCUACUCUGAAUCUGGAGGUGUGAUGGACUAUGAGGAAGAUAGAAGUCGACCAAAAAGGCGGAGGUAACACAGUUAUUUGUUAAAAGUUUAAUUUCUGGUCUUUGAGCCAGAGUUCAUAUUUUUUUGUAUUUGGCUCAGUUCAGAGAAUGGUUAUUAUACAGCAUCAGUUGUUACUUUUGGAGAAUAGUGCAGUCAGACUAUAAGAGUGUCUCGUAAUUAAGAGUUCAUUUUUUGCCUUUGCAAUUUGAUGCACUGUUUAGUUUUUUCUAUGUAAGGAUGAAAAUACUUCCUUUUCUCUGCAAAUCUUUACUUGAUAUUGGAUCUACCUUGUUUAGAUAUUGUAUCAAGCUAUUUGCUAAUUUUGUUGAGCAAAGUCCUCUUGAUCACAAUCUAUGCAAAGGUACUGUUAAAUUUUAGUCAUUUUGAAAAAAAUAGAUAACCAAUUAAUGCAUUUGCGAUUCUGGUUA